UCAGUAUCAAUAUCGGUAUCGAUUGCCAAAUUGAAAUCCUCCCUUGGCUCUCUCUCUCUCUCUCUCUCUCUCUGAGAGACGAAUCUCUGUCAGCGUUAAGGAGUUGUCUGUGAAAAAUCCACCAGCAGCCUAGUACUGUAUUGUGAUUGGGACUUUCUGAGUUGCAGAUUCUCUCCUCCUCCCUUUUACGUGCAUUUAUGGAAAAUUCUCAAGAGAAUUCUUUGACUAAACACCAUGUCGACGUUCAGGGGCUGGUGGCCUCCUUACCACCCUCCUUCCCCGCCGCCUCAACCGCCAUUCAUCCACCGCCUGCUGCUGGUAUCCAAAAGGUUAGAGAAUCAAGUGAAAUAGUUGAGGAAUCAACAAGUAGUCAGCACCAAAGGAAUGAAAUUUUAACUGUGGAUAUACCCAAAACAACAGCUGAUGGCUCCAUAGACGAUUUUGUGAGGAUAAACGUGCCUCCGUCACCAACUCCUAAAAAAGUGAACUUUUCACCAUUACCGAGUCCCGGUCAUAUCAGGUUUAAUGGAUCCCCGCUUCCCUCCUCAUCAAACAAGGGUAAAGCAUCAAUGAAGAGCCUCCUGCCUAAACUGAGCUUUAAGUUUCGGAAUACAGAUUCAGAGAUCGAAAAGGCAGCCAUGCUAGCUCUAGGUUCUCCACUCGGACCACAGGAGAAGAGGUCAAUUACAAGGACAUUUUCUCUUACAAAGCUAUUUACACCGAGGAUGAAGAGAACAUCAUCUUUACCAGUAACUCCAAUUGCUCAUUCAAAUCCAGAGUCAACACAUGGAGGGAAUGGAAAUUCAGUUAAAGGUGGGACAUUUUAUCCCAUCCACCGCUCACGCUCAGUCCCGGUGUUAAACAAAGAUGGAAGUGUAAGGCAGAUUGAUAACUUGGGUGGUGUAAUUCGUGUCAUCCCUGCUACUCCACGGGUUACAGAACACAAUGUACCAACACUGGACGCAACUGUGAAAGUUGAUAUAGAUGGAAGUGAUAAUAAUGGUGAAGAUAUCCCUCAAGAAGAAGCAGUUUGCAGAAUCUGUCUGGUUGAACUAGGGGAGAGUUCAGAAACCCUUAAGAUGGAAUGCAACUGUAAGGGUGAACUUGCCCUGGCCCACCAAGAUUGUGCUGUGAAAUGGUUUAGCAUAAAAGGUAACAAAACCUGUGAUGUCUGCAAGCAAGAGGUUCAGAACUUACCUGUAACACUCUUACGAAUUCAAGAGGGUCAGCCCCGAGGAAGUGCAGCAGUUAGGUCUAUUGAAGUUCCUCGAUACAGGGUAUGGCAGGAUGUUCCGGUUCUUGUGAUCGUCAGCAUGCUUGCUUACUUUUGUUUUCUUGAGCAACUUUUGGUUAUAAAAAUGGGAUCUGGUGCCAUUGCCAUAUCUCUACCCUUUUCCUGCAUAUUGGGUCUUCUUGCAUCCAUGACAUCUACUACAAUGGUAAGGAGAAGAUAUGCAUGGAUGUAUGCAACUAUUCAGUUUGUUUUGGUGGUUCUCUUUGCCCAUGUUUUCUACUCGCUGCUUCAUGUACAGGCAAUUUUAUCUGUGCUGCUAGCGACAUUUGCUGGAUUUGGAGGUGCGAUGUGUGGGACUUCCAUUGUUUUUGAACUCAUGAAAUGGAGGAGACGGUGGAAUGCUUGGUCGACUCAGGAACGCACCUCUGAGGAGGUUUUGAACCCAAAUGAGUUGUCAGAUGGAAGGGGCGCACAACAAACUGAGCCUCCAGAGGCAGGUAGUAUGGUCACCUCAGGGAUCGAUCGUGGAUAGACAGUGAACACAUUGACCCCGCGACCACCAAACAGCAGUAUGCCAAUUGUACAGGAAAGUGCUACUACUACUGGUUACUUGAAAUAUACUGCAUUAUAGAGUCUCAUUCGACUUUGUGGCAACACUUGACACCUGUUGUCAAAAAUUGUGAAACUCAUCGUUCAAGCCAACAUGGUGAUGCGACUUCCAGCAAGAGGAGCAAGAACCAGAUACAUCAGUUGCUUUUGGAUUCUUUCAGGGAAUGGUGUAUAUGUCAAGUUUAAGCCAAUCACCAAUUGCAUUGGCGUGGGGGGAGGAUCAGAUCUGUGAAGUCUGAAUCUUUCACCUGUUGUGUUACCUUGGCUUUUGGCUUUGGGGUGAGGAUUAGUUGCCUCUUUUGCGAUAUAUGAUAAGCGAAUCAAUUCAGUA